GGCUUGUCGCUCGGGCUAGGAGGGGCGCUGUCCCCGCACGCCGCGCAGUCUCUGCGGAUGUAGUUUCAUAGGCUUAGUGGGCGGGCCGGGGCGACGAACUGGUGGCUGCAGGUCUACAAGGAGGAUCCCCCGGGGCCGCGGCCGUCUGGUCGGUACCUGUUCAUUCAUUCCUCCGGUGCGGCGAGGAGCGAGGGCCCCUGGCGGGGCUCCGGGAUUCGCUGUCGAGCGUGUGUGUGUGGAGGGAGGGGGUCUAUCACCGCCUGCUUAUCCUAGGCUGCCACCGCCCUUCUCAGAGCAGAGGGCAUCGCCCUGCUCCCACACAGUGGCCCAUUUGACCGCUGCCAUGGCUUUCCCCCAUCGGCUGGACGCCCCUGAGCUACCUGACUUCUCCAUGCUCAAGAGGCUGGCUCGAGACCAGCUCAUCUAUCUGCUGGAGCAGCUUCCUGGAAGAAAGGAUUUGUUCAUUGAGGCAGAUCUCAUGAGCCCUUUGGAUAGAAUUGCCAAUGUCUCCAUCUUGAAGCAACAUGAAGUAGACAAGCUGUACAAGGUGGAAAACAAACCAGCCCUCAGCUCCAGUGAACAAUUAUGCUUCUUGGUCAGACCCCGCAUCAAGAACAUGCGCUACAUUGCCAAUCUUGUCAAUGCUGACAAAACGGCUGGACGAACUCGAAAAUACAAAGUAAUCUUCAGCCCUCAGAAGUUUUAUGCAUGUGAGAUGGUGCUUGAGGAAGAGGGAAUCUAUGGAGAUGUGAGCUGUGACGAAUGGGCCUUCUCUCUCCUGCCUCUUGAUGUGGAUCUGCUGAGCAUGGAGCUGCCUGAAUUUUUCAGGGACUACUUCCUGGAAGGUGAUCAGCGUUGGAUCAACACUGUGGCUCAGGCCUUACACCUUCUCAGUACUCUUUAUGGACCUUUCCCAAACUGCUAUGGGAUUGGCAGAUGUGCCAAGAUGUCAUAUGAACUGUGGAAGAAACUGGAAGACGAGGAGGACAGUGAGAGCAAAGGCCGAAGACCAGAGAUUGGACACAUCUUUCUUCUGGACAGAGACAUGGACUUUGUGACGGCACUUUGCUCCCAAGUGGUUUACGAGGGUCUGGUAGAUGACACCUUCCGCAUCAAGUGUGGGAGUGUCGACUUUGGCCCAGAAGUCACAUCCUCUGACAAGAGCCUGAAGGUGCUACUCAAUGCUGAGGAUAAGGUGUUCAGUGAGAUCCGUAAUGAGCACUUCUCCAAUGUCUUUGGCUUCUUGAGCCAGAAGGCCCGGAAUUUGCAAGCCCAGUAUGAUCGCCGCAGAGGCAUGGACAUAAAGCAGAUGAAGAACUUCGUGUCCCAGGAACUCAAGGGACUGAAACAGGAGCAUCGCCUGCUGAGUCUCCAUAUUGGGGCCUGUGAAUCCAUCAUGAAGAAGAAAACUAAGCAGGAUUUCCAGGAGCUCAUCAAAACUGAGCAUGCGCUACUUGAGGGGUUCAACAUCCGAGAGAGCACCAGCUACAUUGAAGAGCACAUAGACCGGCAGGUUUCACCUAUAGAAAGCCUUCGCCUAAUGUGCCUGUUGUCCAUCACUGAGAACGGUUUGAUCCCCAAGGAUUACCGAUCCCUGAAAACACAGUAUCUGCAGAGUUACGGCCCUGAGCAUCUGUUAACCUUCUCCAAUCUGCGGCGAGCUGGACUACUAACAGAGCAGGCCCCGGGGGACACCCUCACGGCAAUGGAGAGUAAAGUGAGCAAGCUGGUGACUGACAAGGCUGCGGGAAAAAUCACUGAUGCCUUCAGUUCUCUGGCCAAGAGGAGCAAUUUUCGUGCCAUCAGCAAAAAGCUGAAUUUGAUCCCACGGGUAGAUGGCGAGUAUGACCUGAAAGUACCCCGAGACAUGGCUUAUGUCUUCAGUGGUGCCUACGUGCCUCUAAGCUGCCGAAUCAUUGAACAGGUGCUGGAGCGGCGAAGUUGGCAGGGCCUUGAUGAGGUGGUAAGGCUGCUAAACUGCAUUGAGUUCGCAUUCACAGACGUAACCAAGGAAGACAAGGCUUCCAGCGAGUCCCUACGCCUCAUUUUGGUGGUGUUCUUGGGGGGUUGCACAUUCUCAGAGAUCUCAGCCCUGAGGUUCCUGGGCAGAGAGAAAGGGUACAGAUUCAUUUUUCUGACAACGGCUAUCACAAACAGUGCUCGUCUUAUGGAGGCCAUGAGUGAAGUGAAAGCCUGAACUUUUCCUGGCCAGCGUUGAAGUCUUUAUUGGACAUGUUCCUCACCAUGAUGCAAGUGUUUGACACUCAGCUCGCUGAAAAAGUACCCCCUAACUGCCUUCUCAGAGCUGGGGACCAUGAAAACGAAUUUGGGGCUUAGAGAACAUGUCUGAGGAGAGAAUUCAGAUCCUGUCCCUGGGCAAUUACUCUAUGAUGUAUAAUUCAUGCUGCUGAGAUAUGAGGGGGAGGAGAUAUCCUUUGCUAAAUCUGAUUUGCAUAUCAUUGUAAAUAAAAAUCUGUGUUCUCAAA